AUGAGAUAUUUAGUAAGCUGUGCCAAAUAUGCGGUACUGACAAACAGAGCUUAUUGUCCCCACAAUGAAAGCCUCACAAAUCCUCGCCUUUUUCAGAAAGCCAUUGAAAGAGCUGCUAAGCUUGAUGAGCAGGCAAAAGCUCCAGGAUUCCAGAAACCUGCACUUUUCGGCAUUCCUGUAAGCAUCAAGGAGAACAUAAAGAUCAGGAACAUGUGUUCAACUAUGGGCUAUGUGCAGGAGCUAUACAAGCCGUCAAAGGCGAAUGCAGCGCUCGUCAUACAGCUUUUACACCAUGGGUCGACUACCAAUCCGUACAACUCUGAGCGAGUACCUGGAGGUUCGUCAGGCGGUGAGGCAGCACUGAUUGCUACGGGAGGCAGUGUGCUUGGUAUAGGAUCUGAUGUCGGUGGAUCUAUCCGAAUUCCUAGCACAUUUUGUGGGAUCGCUGGUUUCAAGCCAUCUUCACCUCGCUUCUCACACACUUUCGCCAUUUCAUCCAUUCCUGGACGUCAGCUGGUUGCUGCCAAUGAAGGACCGAUGGCGAAAAGCAUAAGUACUUGUAUUGAAUACCUCAAAGUGGCCUGGUCGGAUCUCUACCUCUACGAAAUGGAUCCAUACGUGCCACCGGUUGUUUGGCAAGAAGACAUGUUUUCUUCAGAAAAGAAAUUGAGAAUCGGAUUCUACACCACAGACGGGUUCAUUACUCCAACACCUGCCAACCAGAGGGCCGUUUUGGAGGCAAAAAAGGUUCUAGAGGGUCUUGGUCAUACUUUGGUUCCAUUUCAAGUACCACAGCCCCAGAGAGCGUUCGAGCUAUUCGUUGGAGGAGUGUCCGGAGACGGAGGACGAUAUCUAAAUAAAAAGUUGAAAAAGGAUAUUGUUCUUCCGGAGUCGGCAGUCCAUCCAGUCAUGCUGCUACCCAUUAGUAUCCAGCGCAUCAUCGCAAAGUUUCAUCUGUACCCACGAGUAAAAUCAGUGCUUUCAGCGCUGCCAGCGAAUUGCGAAGGUUUGCAGCUUUCAUCUUCACUUCCAGCAAGAGGUGCCGUCCUUUGA